GUGAAGUUUGAUCAUUUUGCACGAAAUUUGCAACAGCAUUGCCGGGCGAACGAAUUGUUUGGAAUCGUAGUCGGCGGUUACUUCUAGUUUGGCGUUGAUGUUUAGUGUUCAUGAUUUUUCAAAUUGACACAGUUGUGCUAAAUUUUUAUUGUGUGGUGAACCUUUUUUGUUGUUGUUCGGAUCAACUGUCCCGUGAAAGUGAUUCAAAUUUAUUGGGUUGAAUACUGUGAUUCCUUUAACGACUAUGAAAAUGCCUGCUCUCAAUGUGGGACACGUCAGUACACCGGAGCCUCACUAUAUUCCAGGUUACACCGGAUACUGUCCCCAAUUGAUGUACCGAAUUGGAAAUACAUACUCAUCACUGUCCCACAAAUUGUUACUGGAUCCGUCGGUAGCUCACUCGGAAAAGCUGAUACUUUCUGACCGCUCUACGGACGAGUACCAGGUUCAUCGUCCAACACUGAAAGAAAUUGAUGCCACUGGAACCAUUAUCCCGCGACAUGAAGACAUGGACAAUCGCGACGUGAUUUACCAGAAGUCACUGAUGCCCGGUUACGAGGGAUACAUUCCACGGACGCAAAGCAAAUUCGGGCGACGCUACGCAGUGGUUACCAGCGAAGGUUUGGACGAAUUCGAGCGGGAUUGUCAACGAACGCGCGCUCAGAUGAAGAAACUGAGACAUCGGACAGCCCAACCGAUUUCUUCUAUUUCGGAGUUCAGUUUUGGUGAUAGAAUGCAGUUCCUUAAAAACGAUUAUCGUUUCCCACUUGAAGCCACUCGACCGGAUGCAUUAAGUGUUUGCAAAGAGGUUCCAGUUGAAAAUCUUCCACCACUACCCGAGUUGCCAUACAGCCAGCAUACUCCACCCCAUUUCAUGGAGAAUAAUAGCAAGGAGAAGUAUACCAUACUAGGUUACACUGGCCACAAACCGUUCCUGUGGCCACGUUUCGGAGAGCCGAAUGCAACAUUGACAAAGAAAGCAUUUUGUGAAUUCACCAACAGUUAUGCGCAUCAGAGAAGCACAGAAUGGGUACCGAUAGCGCCAGCCGGAAUGGGGACAUGCCAACCUAGUGCAUCAAUUAAUCAAAUCUAUAUGAAAAAUAUAGGGUUGGUACCCAGCUACAUGGGUCACGUACCGGGAUCACUUUUCAGGUACGGGAAAACUUUUGGUAACGACAGUAGAGAUGCUAAAAAGUGCCUGAAAAAAUGUUAUGAAGAAUAAUUUUUACAGUUAUUAUUAGAUCAAUAAACUUUUGGGUAGAUAAUUAUUGCAGUAA